CAGGGCAGCUGCUGGGAAGAGGUAGAAUCCGCGUUCUCUUUUGUUCCUCUGCCGCGACGGCGGCAUUUUGGCACCUGUCGCGACUCUUUCCCGGCUGGGGUUUGCGCCGGCGGCGGCCCCUCAUUGCCAUGGCGGCGGCGGCGUUGCCUCUCGCGUGCUAAAGAUGCCCCGGGAGACGGCGAGGGAGGCAGCGAGACCUCUGCCUGGGAGGAUGUCGCGUCCGCAGAUCAUCCACAGCGGCCACUUCAUGGUGUCGGAGCCCCACGCCGACCCGGACCCCGAGGCGGCUCUGAGCCAGCCAGGCCAAGGCGCCCCGCCGAGCGCGGCGGAGCGAGCGAGAAGGGCCGGCUCCGCGCGGAAGGCCGCGGGCGGGAAGGCUGAUGACGGGGCCCAGCUGAUGACCUCCGCCGCCGCCGCUUACGACUUCGACACGGUGGACGAGGCCGCGUGCCUGUGCUACCGCUACGGGCCUCGAAGCAGCGGAGCCCUCAGCAUCGACCCUUCGCUCACGAAGCUCUUCAAGUGCAUGACGCUGGCCUACAGUGAGAAACUUGUCUCUCCCAAAUGGAAAACCUUCAAAGGGCUGAAACUGCUACAGCGUGACAAGAUUCGACUCAAUAAUGCCAUCUGGAGGGCCUGGUAUCUGCAGUAUGUGGAGAAGCGGCAGAACCCAGUGUGCAGUUUUGUGACCCCACUAGAGUGCAGUGAUGUAGAUGUGCACCGCAAGCCCGAGGCUGUCAUCAUGGAAGGAAAGUACUGGAAACGCCAAGUUGGGGUUGUCAUCAGGGAAUAUCACAAAUGGAGGUUGUUUUCCUAUACCCAGGCUUCAAAGAAGAUGGAUAAACCCGUCUAUGGUUCUGCUCAGGAAGCAGCUGAUGAUGUUCCAAGGGCAGAGCUGAAAACGGAUGGAACAGAUGCAUGCCCCAUGGACCUUGACCCCUUGCAUGACCUGGAUGCACUUCUGGACACCUUCAUUUCUAGCCGCAACCCUUAUGGUGGCCCCAACCUCCGUGGCCUUGCUCACCAGGGAAAUGCGGAUAUGAUCCAGCCCACCCUGACCCAACUGCACCCCAUCUUUGGGGAGGAGUUUAUGGACUUGGACCCCAUUCAAGAAUUCAUCACUUCCUGUCGUUCUCAGCCCACGAUCCAGGCUCCUGCAGUAACAGAUGCUAGUGCUUUGAACCAGUGCAACCCAGAUACACCUCUCAUUGCCCCUGGGACCAAGGAUCUCCCACCGCCUGGAGACUCUCUCAAUCCCAUUCCCAUCUCACUGGAUGUGGAGCCGCCUGUACCUUUGAAUGGACAGCAGACCUUCCUGCCAUUCUUCCCCACCUCCCCACUGAGGAUCAGCCCGCCGCCUGUCUCUCCCAUCUUGCGCAUGCAGCCUCAAACCACUUUGGUCUUCUCUGUCAUCACGCACACAGGAUCAGAAACAAAUUCUCCGUCUGUAUUUCGGGACACUUUUGCUGUGCCAGUCUCUGCUCCUCCACCCAAGGAUGGGAAAUGCAGACACCUGCAACGGAUUGCUCCAGCACCCUCCUCUAGCCAGCAGCCAGCCCUUCCCGGUGCUCCGCUCCCUUGCCUGCUUGCAACUGGUCCUGCCCCACUGCCCCUCACUCCAGUCAUGAACUCUGUACAGGUGUGUGGCGUCCCAAAGCCCCCUGCGAAUAUGCUGAACUCAUUCUCGGCAACGGUGAAGUCUCUUCCACUAGCCUCUGCUGCUGCUUCCCCUGACACUGGUACCAAAACCAAGGAGAGAGCUGAGGACAACACUCUCUGCAAACCCCAGGAAGUGGACAAAUGCUGUACUGCCAAGGGAAGUCGCAGAUCAACACUUACCUCGGCUGACUAUGCCCGCCGUAGGGUCAUCAGCUCCGGCUUCAACACUCUUGCCACUCUGGUGUUGACAGGACCUGAUCAAAGCAGCACUAAGUUCAGCAAAGCGAUGCUUCUGCAGAAAAGUGCGGCACAUGUGGAAAGAUUGCAGCAAGAGCGCCGACAAGCUCAGGAGACAGUUGAAAGACUACGUGGGGAAAUCAAAGAGCUGAGCACUGCCAUUGAUGACUUUCAGCGCCAGCUUCCACCUACGGGAGCUCCUGUGCUGCCACCACAGUCAGAUCAGGCUUCUCAACUCUAUGAAGAGUAUGUGCGCAAGCGCACCCUCCAGGACUGGCGCUUCUGGCUUUUCAGCAUGGUGAUUAAGCCACUCUUUGAGAGCUACACCAGGACAGUGAGCACAGGCAACGUCAAGGAAUUCUGCGACUCAGUGUUGAGCUGGUUGGAGCAGCACUGCACCCUGCCCAUCUUGCGCCCUGCUAUCUCUGGCUCCCUCCUGCAGCUAAGCAAGAUCACAUCCAUACUGACUCGGCCAACCCAGUUGCGUGAACAAGCCCUGCAAGCGGUAGCUGGCCCUCCACACUACAGGAGCAACAGCUAGGAUGAAGACCAGGUCCAGUGCUAUAUGGACAUCCUCACACACUACCAGGAAAGCCAGCAGCAGGGACCUCUAUCUCAGGAAUUCAUUUGCCAUGCAACAAAGAAGCUUAUGUUAGACAGUAUUGGGGUUUAGAUUGCCAGAGCAGAGAAUCUCUUGAGUAUUCAUUUUGGUGCUGGACACCUCUUAAUACUCUCUUUCUUUUUGCAGAACUUCAGGUAGUAGAGUGGGGGAUGUGGGGAAUAAGGCCAGAAUGCAGAUUUAAUUGCCAGAUGUAGGAUGCCAGCCAUGGCUUUAGCCUCUUUCAGAACUGGGGUGAAAGAUUAGCCGCAUAAGAAUUAGUGUGGCCUCCAUUUCCUGUGUUUUCCCACCAGAGGGCAGUGAAAGUGAUUCUUGCAGGCCUUCUCAAUACAUAGAGAGAUACUUCUUCUGUAUGAUUCAUGGCUUUGUUCCUCACUAAAUUUGAGUGUUUGUGGCUAAGUGUUGUCGCCCCCCCCCCAUAUGCAGUAUAUGUUGAUGGCAGAUUUUACCUAUGCAACCAUACCCAUGAACCCUUUCAGGGGUAUAGAGGAUCAAUUUCUCCCAUCUUUCAUUUUAGCUCGGAGAAGAGACCUUUUGUAGGACUGUGUAUUUUCUGCUAGAUCUGCUGAAUUUUUACAGGGGGUGGAAUCUGACUUCAGCUCAGUAUUUGAUGGUACAAUCCUCAGAGCAAAGAGUAUCAUCACACCUUCAGUCUACAGCACAGCCUAUGCCUGCCAUUCUCCAUCCCCUAUGCUCAUGUUUCUUUUCUCAAGUUACAUAUUAGCUUGGCGUGGAAUCUGGAGUUUAUUUAUGCACAACACAUCCUGUACUAUGUUUGCCAAACUUUGUUCUAGGCUCCCAGCUAAUGUACAACAACUCUUGACAUCUGACCACAAGGAGGUUGUGUGAUGGGGAAGACACCACCUUACCACUGAUAGGCAACCUGUUCUGUCUCCAAUACUGUAACUGUAUGAUUGCAUAACCUUCGGCAAAUAGCAAUACCUCAUUCCAAACUCCCAAGUUAGUCAUAAAGCUAAUGUCAACAGGAACAGGAGCCUAGCUGAUUAAACUAGGGAAAAGGCUUUUUUACCCUUUCCAGAGUUUUGAGUAAUAUCUGAAGUAGCUCUGGACAUUUUGGCACCUGAUAACAGAGAAUCCAAAUGUCACACCUCUAUCCCCCCACCCCACCCUCCCCCAGUUAACAGGUACAACCAUUGAAACUAGCAGGAACUGUGGUGGUGCAUAGAUCCUUUUCAUUCCUGAUGGGUAAGCUCUAUAGCUUUAUCUUUCAUUACCAGAUGAAAGCCUUUGAUGAUUGGAAAUUGUUCUAGCUGCUUGCGUACAAGAUACUCUAAUACUUAUGUGUCCAGAAAUACAUGAGAGAAAGAGUUGGAAGGGACCACGAGGAUCAUCUAGUCCAACCCCUUGCAAUGCAGGAAUCUCUCACCCAACAUGGGGCUCGUUGUUGAGAUCUGACCUAGGUGUGCGUGGUUUUCUUUUCUUUUUACUGAUUUAUUAUUUCUUCAUUCUGCUACAGGCCCAAAACUUUCAGCAACAAAACCAAAAAAGCUAUUCUAUUAUCCUAUAGGAAUAUAGUAAUAGUAUGGCAGUUUUCCAUCAGCCACUUUAACCAAGGAAUGGGCAACUGAUUGAUUCCCAUGGGAGACUCACCUCAAUAUACAAAAUCUACUUCAAGCCCAGGUGUGCUGUCAGUCUGUGGGAUGUUCUAUGUCCCUUUUCUGUACCUUUUUUACUCAUGAAUGAUGGUGGUGCUUUUUAAGAGUCUGCAUUAGCUGAAGGUAACCACUCUGCAUUUAUGUGAAGCUAAUGCACAAUACAGCUGACCCUUUCACUGUUCAGCAUGGGAGGUUUACUGCAGAAAAGACUUCCAGUGCUUGCUCACCUAGAUGUAGUUACUGAUAGCACUUUACUUCCUCCAGUCCUGUAGGAUUUCUUCAGUUAACGUGUAUUAAAAAAAGAAUGAGAGCACACAUGAAUUAUGAAUUCUUUCUUGAAAAAUAUUCAGUGGACCAUUUGAGAUUUCUUGUGUUUCUAUAUCAUUUUGUAAUUUUAGCACUAUUUCUGUAUGUUCCACAAAUGUCACUAAAAUACAUUUGAGUAAU